AUGUCUCUAGGGGCCCUCUGUUUGUUUCUGUGUUUCUCUGUUUUGUUCUGUUGACUUACUGGAUGGACGUUAUGGGACAGACUCAGACUGCUCCUCUAAGUAUUAUGAUUGAUCACUUUAAGGAUGUGAGGGGAAGAGCUAACAGCCUCAGUGUGGAAGUCCGAAAGGGUGGGUGGCAGGUUUUUUGUUCUAGUGAGUGGCCAGCUUUCAAUGUUGGAUGGCCACCAGAGGGAACCUUCGAGACCUCCCUACCAUCCACCGAGUCAGGGAUAUCAUCUCUCCGCCUAAGACUGGCCAUCCUGAUCAGCUCCCUUACAUUAUCACUUGGCGGGACCUUGUAAAAGACCCACCCUCUUGGCUUAAGCCCUUCCUAGCCCCACGCCCUCUGGAGCCAAAACCCAUUCUUGCUUUGCAGGGGACAGAGAAGAAGGAGAACAAGAAAAGUCUUACCCAACCUUUAACACCCCUCUACCCUGUCCAACAGGGGGGAGGACUGAAGAUGAAUUAAUUUUUCCUCCCCCAUAUAACCCCCCUAGGAUGCUGGAAGAACACCAUCCUCCCCCUCCGGGGGAGGCAGACACUGUUCUGAAAGUGGGAGGUGGAAACGCUCCAGUGGGAAGCCCACCCUUUACCAGACAAAGGGCUCAGAGGGAGCAAUCCGCCUCUGCCACCAACUCCACUAUUCUGCCCCUGCAAGCCACCAGACCCCCAGAUGCGGAGGGGAAUCAGCCCCAUCACUAUUGGCCUUUCGCCACUAGUGACCUCUACAAUUGGAAAGCUCAGAAUCCUAAGUUUUCCGAGAAACUGGCAGGGCUUAUUGAUUUAUUAGACUCUGUUCUUUUUACUCAUCAGCCCACGUAGGACGAUUGCCAGCAGCUUUUGCAGGUCCUGUUCACGACUGAAGAAAGAGAAAGAAUCCUCAAUGGGGCCUGAAAACUAGUUCCAGGUGCAGAUGGGAAUCCCACCACCAACCAGGCUCAGAUAGAUGCCUCCUUCCCCUUAACUUGGCCCCAGUGGGAUUUCAACACAGCAGAAGGUAAGGAUCAAAAAAACCCCCAUGUCUCAGGAGGCCCAGAAGGGGAUCCAGCCACACAACCAGAGACUACGAAGCCUAGGGGUACUAGUUCCUUGCCAGUCUGCCUGGAACACCCCCCUACUGCCGGUCAAAAAGCCUCACACAAAUGACUACCGACCGGUACAAGACCUCUGGGAAGUAAAUAAGAGGGUCACAGACAUACACCCAACUGUUCCCAACCCAUAUACUCUCUUGAGCUCCUUGGCACCCUCCAGGUUCUGGUAUACUGUACUAGAUUUAAAGGAUGCCUUCUUCAGUCUGCCGCUGGCACCCCAGAUCCAACCCUUGUUCGCCUUCAAGUGGCAUGAUCCAGAGGAGGGCUACAGUGGGCAACUCACCUGGGCACAGCUGCCUCAGGGAUUCAAAAUUCACCCACCAUCUUCGAGGAGGCACUACACGAGGACCUGGGUGAGUACAGAAGGGAGUACCCUGGCCUCACCCUCCUACAGUACAUAGAUGACAUCCUGGUUCCUGCUGACAUGGCCAAAGACUGUGAGCGAGGGACCCAGGACCUGCUGGCUACCCUGGGGGCCUUAGGGUACCGGGCAUCCGCGAAGAAGGCUCAGAUAUGCAGGGAGAGGAUGCACCAACAGGACACCAAAAUAGAGCAAGUUGUAUCUGCCUGCAAGACCUGCCAACUCACCAACGUGAGAGCCACAUCAAAUAAAAAAGGAACCAGGCUCAGAGGCACCAGACCGGGAGCCCAAUGGGAAGUCGACUUCACUGAAGUCAAACCAGGAAAGUAUGGUUAUAAAUAUCUUUUAGUAUUUACAGACACCUUCUCUGGCUGGGUGGAGGCAUACCCAACCAAGCAUGAAAUGGCUCAGAUGGUGGCUAAGAAGCUACUAGAAGACAUCUUACCCAGGUAUGGUUUUCCUGCCAUGUUAGGAUCAGACAAUGGACCAGCUUUUAUCUCGCAGGUAACACAGGCAGUAGCCAAGGCGGUGGGGGCAAACUGGAAAUUACCUUGUGCUUACAGGCCCCAGAGCUCAGGACAGGUAGAAAGAAUGAAUAGAACCCUAAAAGAGACCCUUACCAAAUUAACCAUGGAGACUGGCGGGGACUGGGUGCCCCUCCUACCGUACACCCUUUACCGGGUUAGCAACACUCCUUACACUCUGGGUUUUACUCCCUAUGAGAUCAUGUUUGGCAGGCCACCCCCUAUUAUUCCCAACCUUCUUGCUGAGUUUAAAGAUCAAGAACUUUUUCUUUCCUUGAGAGGGCUCCAGCAGGCGCACGAGGACAUUUGGCCGAGCCUCCGUGCCAUCUACGAGGCUGGCCCAACCCCGACACCUCUUCAGUACAGGCCGGGAGACUGGGUCUACGUCAAGAGGCACCACCGAGAGACCCUCGAGCCGCGCUGGAAGGGACCAUACACCAUGGUGCUGACAACCCCCACUGCUCUCAAAGUAGACGGCAUCGCGACCUGGGUCCAUCACACCCACGUUCGGCCAGCAGACCCCUCCUCGAUCCGGAAGGACUUCGUCACGCGAUGGGCUGUCAAUUGGGACCAACAUAACCCGCUCAAGCUCAAGCUACAGCGCAUUCGACCCACCUUAUUUGGUAACUCUGUUAGCUCUGUUUGGCACUGCUCAUGCUGCCGAGAGUCCCCAUGCCCCCCAAAACAUCACCUGGCAGAUCAUAGACACCAGCUCCAGGACAAUACUUAAUCAGACUUCCCAGAGCCACCCCAGGGACACUUGGUUCCCAGAACUUUGUGUAGAUCUCCAAACUCUGUUCCCCUUGUCACCAUAUGCCCCCGGAUUCCAUGCGCAGAGCCUUUAUUUCUAUGUCUGCCCCGGCCACUCUCGCUCGAGCACAUGCGGGGACGUGGCUGACUAUUUUUGCGCCCCCUGGUCAUGUGUCUCGAUGGGGCACAUCUAGUGGACCCCACCACGCACCAGAGAUCUCAUCGUGGUAAUGCGGCCCAGUGGCCCCCAACCACCAUAUGUCUGGGGGCGCGGUAAUCCCAUAGUUAUAUCCUUUACAAACCAAGGUAAAAAAACAACAGGAUGGGAGAGUGGAAAAACAUGGGGACUCAGGAUAUAAGACCAGGUUAGGUCGGGAGCCAAAGACAAGGGAGCAUUAUUUACCCUCUGAAUGCAAGCGACUCCCCUUACCCAGCAGUCCACCACGAGGGUAGGACCCCACCAAGUACUAGUUCCCCAACCUGCCCCCACCCAGAUGGCCACUCCCAGAAACACCCAGGCCCCAGCCACACGGCCCCCCACAUCCCCUGUCCCUACUAGAGAGUCACCUGCAUCCCCUGCCCCAGGUCACAACUUACUAUCUGAUGCAGACCUCCUGUGGAGCACGGUUGUCGGAGCAUACCAGGUACUAAACACUUCUAGACCCGACCUGACCAAGGCCUGUUGGCUCUGUCUAGAUGUCUGGCCCCCAUAUUACAAAGGUAUUGCCAUUAAAGGCAAUUAUACAACAGCCUCCAACUCUAGCUCCUGUAGAUGGCAGCAGGCUACUGCAAGACUAACCCUCCAGGCGGUAACGGGGCAAGGCACUUGUAUAGGCCACGUACCCCCCGAGCAAUCACAUCUCUGUAAUGAAACCCAAGCAGUCCCCAGGGAGACAGUGUAUCUACUCCCCCCCAAAAAUGCAUGGUGGGCCUGUUCUAGUGGCCUUACUCCCUGUGUCCACUCCCAGGUCCUUAACUCCUCGAAAGAAAGCUUCUGCCUACUCGUGCAGUUGAUCCCCAAGUUAGUGUACCAUUUGCGGGGAGAAAUACUUAACAGGUUAGGCUCUGCUAACCCCCGAAGUAAAAGAGAGCCUAUUACAACCUUAACUCUGGCUGUGCUCUUGGGAUUGGGAUUAGCGGGGGCGGGGACCGGAAUAUCCUCACUCAUCAUCCAGGACAAAAACUACGGAACCCUAAGGGCAGCCAUUGACUUAGACAUAGAAAGAAUUGAAAAAUCAAUUUCUCAUUUACAGGAAUCCCUUACUUCCUUAUCAGAACUAGUACUCCAAAACAGAAGGGGAUUAAACUUAUUAUUCCUGCAGCAAGGAGGACUAUGUGCAGCCCUAGGGGAAGAAUGUUGCCUCUAUGUUGAUCACUUGGGGAGUCGUAAAAGAAUCUAUGGCCCUCAUAAGGGAAGGGCUGCAAAAACGGAAGUUAGAGAGAGAACAAUCUCAGUCCUCAUACGAGUCUUUGUUCAACUGGUCUCCCUGGUUAACUACCCUCAUCUCGGCCCUUGCCAGACCCCUCACCAUCCUGCUCAUACUAGCAACCCUUGAACCCUGUAUAAUCAACAGACUGGUCCGGUUUGUCAGGGACCGCGUGGGGUCCAUCCAACUAAUGGUCCUCUGUGCUAAGUGCGAGCCCCUAAAAACAGAAGAGGACAAAAUAGAAAUGCAGCUGGUCCCAUGAUUGGGUCGGCAAGCUACAUGAUAAGGGAGAAUGAAAGAGCGGACCUAUGCUGGCCAACUCCAUCUUGUUCUGUGUCCUCCACCUUGAGUGACUAUGUCCCUGACAUGGCCCCCUUUCCAGGAAAAUCGCAGAAACCUCAGACCAGGUCUCCUUCCCUUGAGUAACCUCCUGCUCACCUGUUCAAAUUUCCCAAUCAAAACACACCCAGCAACCUGCAUAUCAGGACUCCGACCCUUCCCCAGCCAAUUGGCUGAGGCCACAACCCGUCUCCAGCCAAUCAGCUCAGGCCACAACCAUUACCUCACCAACUGCCCCUCGACCCCUAUAUAACCUUUGUGCUUUUGAAACUCACUGGCUCUCUCCAGCAUCUCACCACUGC